AUGGCUGAAGGAGAGUCAGCACCACUGCUUUCAAGAUCAAACGUUGACAAGGAUUUAGUCUAUGUGCUUCUUUUUAAACAUCCUUUUGAUGAGAAAAACCAUGACUGGCUUAAGAAAAAGAAAACAAUCAAAAAAGCAGUGAAACAAUUUUUACGCAUUUUCAAGACAACCCCAAGUGAUACCUCAAAAAGCUCUAAGGUCAUCCACCGCUUCAAACACCAAAUUUCAUGGCUUUCAAAGUUCGAGACUGAGCCAAAAUCUGAAAUAACUAAUGAAGAUUUUCUAACCUCAACCAUUUCUGCAAUCUUAUAUGAUCUUGAGCAUCUCGUCGGUUUAAGAUACUCCCUUUUCUCCUCUCGUGACAAAGAUGAGAUCUUCUGUAAGCUCUACACUACUGAAAAAUGGCUAAAAAUCAAGGCAAAAGAAAUUUCUUACAACUUGCAGCUUCGUGAUCUGGCAACACCUGAAGAAAUUGAAAAGGAUCCUUUUAACUCCCCCCUAAAGAUAGCAAAACCAUUGAGAAAUCCCUAUUUUUUGCCAAAAAACACACCCUCCGUGAACGAACAAAGAUAUUUUAUGAAAAAAAAAUUGAUAUAUACAUGAUAAUUAGUAUUGAAAUCUCUAGCUAAUUUUGGUUAAUUUUAAACGACUUAUAGGCCCUUCCUAUAGAUGGCGCGCAAUGCGCCAUCUAUAGGAAAGGCCUAUACAUUUUAAUAUAAACUUUAAAAAUUAAUAAAUAUCUGUUUUGAAUUGGUAUCUUUUUAAAUAUCGCUAAAACAUUUAUAUAUAAUUUUUUAAAAAAUAAAAAAUUAGCCCCUCUCCGUGAGCAAACAAUUUUUUUUGUUCGCUCAUGGAGGAGGAGAGUAAGAAAUAUCCACCAUAUGCUGAUUAUGAAGUAGACCAAGACGAGUACGCAGAAGAGAUCGAAAGUGUGUUUAAGCAUUUCGAUUAUAAUGACAAUGAAGUAAAGCAAGGAGAAACUGGGUCACUUUUCAUGUACAAUGAUAAGGUUAGGAUAGUUAAAAAUAUCCUUCUCCAAUACUUUGACUUUAACCAGAUGCAAGAUUAUGAAGUUUUAAAUGAAGAUUUCUGCGUUCAUAAUGAAGAAAUCCUAGCUGGCCUCAAAAAAGACUGGGCAAGAGUCGGUGCGCUAUUUAAAGCUCAACCACUUAAUAGGAUCCGCAAUUAUUUCGGCGAAAAAGUUUCCCUCUAUUUCGCCUGGAUGAGAUGCUACAAUUGUUUUAUGAUUUUUGCAGCCGUUUUUGGCCUAGCUCUCUUUAUAUUACAAUUAACAUUAGAAAGCGACCAAAAACUUUUACUUCAAAUUUUCACAGUAGCCUUUUCUAUUUAUUUGUCAUUUUGGGCAGCAUUUUUCGACCAAAUUUGGAUCCGCAGCGAAAAAAACUAUGCUUGGCAAUGGGGAACUAUAGGAUUUGAACAAGAAGAAGACCAGAGAGGAGAAUUUAAAGGCGAAUUUGGUAGAGAUGAGGUAACUGGGCUUAUGAAAAAGCACAGAGAAAAGUCAGAUAACUAUAAGAUCAGACAACUAUUCAGCUACAGCGUUGCAUGUGUAUUUGUUAUCUGCGUUAUUGCAGCUGUGAUUGGAAUUUUCAUAUUUAGAGCUGCCAAUAAAACACAGUCUUGGAGCCCACAAGUUUGCGGACUGUUAAAUGCUAUUCAAAUUAGAAUCAUGAACAUUGUAUAUGGAAAAGUUGCGCAGUUCUUAAACAGCUGGGAGAAUCAUGAGACAGAAACUGAGUACAAUGAUAACCUGGCAGUAAAGCUUUUCCUAUUUAAAUUCGUGAACUCUUAUAUUUCACUGUUUUACAUUGCAUUUCUCAAAGAUUAUAUUGAUGAAUGCAAGCCAGACUGCAUGACUGAGCUUUCCACACAAUUAGCUUUCAUUUUCAUAGUAAACUUAUCCUUAAAUGUAGUUGAACUUGGCCUUCCUUGGUUUAAGCACAAGCUAGCAGUAUGGAAAGAGAACAGAAAAGUCAAACAAAUGAAAGCAGAUGAUGACUCUAUUAGAGAGUAUAUGGGACCUAUUGAGUCACAAGCUAAAUUUGAAGAUUACGAAUCGCCAUUAGACGAUUACAUGGAAAUGGCUAUCCAAUUCGGCUAUGUCGCUUUAUUCUGCUCAGCAUUCCCUAUUCUUCCAUUUUUAGCUUUAAUAGAAAUCACCUUACUUCCCAAUUGAUGAGCGAUUAAAAACACUUGUUAAUUUUUUAGGAUUUUAAAAAUAUAGAUUUGUAACUCCCCCCCCCCCUCCGUGAGCGAACAAAAAAAUUUUGUUCGCUCACGGAGGGGGGUUAAUUUUUUUUUUUUUAAAAAAAAUUUAUAUAUAAAUUUUAUAAAAAAUAUUUUUUUCGAAAUUUUAAAAAAAAUCCUAAUUUGCAAAAAUUGGGAAGCAAAUAUUAAUUUAAUUUGCAAAAUUUAUGUUUUAAAACGCAAUUUGUUUAAAAUUAAACAGAAUUAGCUCUAGAUUUCAUUAUACUAAUUAUCACUUAUAUAUCAAAAUUUUUUUCCAUUAAAAUUUUUUCUAUUAAAAAAAUUUUUGUUCACUCACGGAGGGUGGGUUUUUGGUCAAAAAAUGGCGAUUUUUCUAAUGGUUUUGUUCGCUCACGGAGGGGGGGGGGAGUAAGUAAAUAUAAAUAAUUUAAUCUUAUGACUAGUAUAGUGGCCUAAGACUUAUUGCCUGGCCUAUAUCCGCAAACUCACAAAUUUAUCAAGCUCAUCUACACCUAUUUCUUGUCCGAUAUAGUAAGUCUAAGUUGUUUAAAAUUAAAUAGAAUUUAACUGAGAUCUCGUUAUUAUAAUCAUUAAUUAUAUAUAAAAUUAUUAUGUUUAUAAAUUUUUAUGUUAAAAAUUGUUUGCCCAUAAUCAAAGUUGGAGUUAGAAAUCCGUGUCGACGCCUGGAAGCUUUGCUGCUUAACCAAACGACCAUUCCCUCACCGUGCUGAAGACAUCGGUGUCUGGCGAGCUAUUUUGGUAACAAUUGCUUAUGCAGGUUCAAUUAGCAACGCUGCCUUAGUCGUUUUUACAUCAGGAAUUUUUGAUGAAGACAGCUAUGAUAAAUAUGAAUUACUGUUGAUCUUUAUCGGGUUGGAGCAUAUUUUGCUAUUCUCCAAGUUCAUUAUUUCUGUCAUUAUCCCUGAUGUCCCUGCAUCUGUAGAAGAUGGCCAAGUUUGGGGUAAAAGAAUGGUUAAAGAAAUAAUGUACCUUAGAACUGAAGAAACCCAUGGUAGAAAAGCCCAAGAAAAUACUGCUGGUGACCAAGUGACGAACCAAGAUAUCAUACUCAAAAUAGGUAUGAUUAAAUACUAUGAAGACUAA